AUGCCGCCGCAUCAAAUAUCAAGGUUCGCUAGCGGGCCGACGCUAGCGUAUCAUCAGCAACAACAGUUCCAAUCGCACGCUGCGCAAUCCCAUGCCGCCGCCGCCCAUCAACCGCCGCUCGCCGGCACCCACUCCUACAUAAACGCGAAUGCGCAACUGAACGCGUUCCAAAACCCGACAAAUGGUGGUCUAGCAGGAGUGGGUGGUCUGAAUAGCGGCGGGUUCAUAGACGGACCUCGUCUCGCUUUUCAGGGGGCCGCCGGCUUCCAGCAGCAACAGCAGCAUGGGCAGGCGCAACACGCCCUCGGCGUCGAGUACCCUCCCAAUGUCCGCGCUCAGUCGAAUAAGGGCCGGAUAAGGGAGGUUUGGAAGCACAACCUUCACGAAGAGAUGGCUACGUUACGGAGGCUCGUGGAUAGCUAUCCGUACAUUGCAAUGGAUACCGAGUUUCCUGGUGUUGUCUCGAGGCCAAUGGGUAACUUCCGUGGCAAGAGCGAUUACCACUACCAAUGCCUCCGAACGAACGUCGACAUGCUCAAAGUCAUCCAGAUCGGUAUUACACUCUUCAACGAAGCGGGCGAGACGAUCCCCGCAAGGCCAAACUCGACCGAGGAUGCCCUAGGAAAGCGCGGCAGCCAGGCGUCGUUCCCUUGCUCUUGGCAAUUCAACUUUAAGUUCUCAUUAAAGGACGACAUGUACAACGAGAAGUCGAUCGAAUCCCUCCAGAGCGCGGGGAUCGACUUCAACGCGCUCGAACGCGACGGAAUCGACCCGCACGACUUCGCGGCUCUCCUUCUCCCGUCCGGCCUCGUCCUCGAAGAUGACGUCCACUGGAUCUCGUUCCACGGAGGGUACGACUUUGGUUAUUUGACAAAGCUCCUGAUGUGCACGGCUCUGCCGAACGACGAGGUGGAUUUCGAGAAGCUUAUGAAGACGUACUUUCCAUCCACUUUCGACGUUAAGCACCUGAUGAAGUACGCCAUCAAGCUCUACAACAGCGGCAUCCUCGCCACCAACGACCCUAGCAUCUCGGAAGUUCUGCAGAAGUUCGAGCAUAAGAGCGGCCUGGAGAACAUUGCCGAGACGCUCAAGAUUAAGCGCGUGGGCGCGGCACACCAGGCCGGCUCCGACUCGCUCCUAACGGGUAAAGUCUUCUUCCAGAUCCGCGAGAGGAUAUUCGGCAACGAGAUUGCGCCCGAACACGUCGGCAAGGUCUGGGGCUUGGGUGUGCCUGAUGUCUUGCCGCAUAGUCUCCCCGCCACCAACUCCGACCUUGCCGCAACAGCAGGCGCCAAUGGAAAUGGGAACGGGAACGGGAACAACAACAACAACAAGGGAAACAACGGAGGACCUAGCACCCCGAACACCGGCAGCGUUGGCCUCGCCAGUACGCCUGGCACGGCGCAGACUCAUCACGGUGUUAACGGAGGAUCGAUGGGACCCAUGACGCCGGGAGGCGGCGGCGGGGUCUUUGGCAACUUUGCCUUUUCCGGCGCCAGCAGAUAA